AUAACGCCGAUUUGUGAAACAGAAGUGUCUUUCCUUGGCAGAUUGGGGGCGAUGAAGAAGGGUUGGAAAAUAGGAGGAAGAACAAAAACACCCUUUUAAACCAUAUUUCUGUAUUUAGCGUGCCAAUCUUUAUGCUGACUUGGAUUCCACAUACAGAGAUAUCCAGCUAAAAUGGGCAUCACAUGUGUGGCAGUCAUUAGCACCCUCCUGUGCUCAGUUUGGUCAUCAACCAUUAAAGCUAAAGAUGAACACCGCACUGCUUUCUUUGGAGAGGACGUUCAUAUACCCGUGCCGGCUUUAGACACAAUAGAGGUGUUGUUCAAACCGAGGGUGGAUCCUGUGUUGGAGCGGGUUCUCCUGCGAGACGGGAAAAUUCUGGACUCAAGGGCCAAACUGAACGUUCACAUCAGCCAUUUGAUCCUGGAGGAUGUGGGCGAGGAAGAUGAGGGCAUGUAUGUGGUGAAGAAUUCUGCUGCUCCGGCUGAUGUGAGACGAAUCAUUCUUAUUGUUAGAGACUGUGCUCUAGAGACUGUGGUGAAAUAUGGAGACACGUAUCAUAUCCCGAUCAACCCUUCGAUCGGUCCAUACACCCUCGAGUUCAGGCCUGGAGCUCACACUCCAGUUAACCAGACCACAGAGGAACCGCCUGUGCUGCUUCUAAACCAGACCGGCAUCCCCACGCAAGAGUACGAGCGCCGCCUCACCGUGGGCGAGAAGAGGGUCAACCUCCAUUUGGUUACAGGAGCCGAUGAGGGCAGCUACACUGUUGUGGACAGUGAUGAAAAAGUCCGAUUGAGAGCCUGCCUCAAUGUGAAAGACCACCAGAUGUUUGAGCACUUGAAUUAUGGUCAAACCUUGAAGAUCAAGCUUCACGUGGACCACACAAAAGUCAAAAUGAUCUACAUCCCAGACACUGACCGCAAAGAACGACUCAUCAUGGACCAGGGGGAGCUGACGGUGCCUGUCGACUCUGCUUUUGAGGGUCGAGCGUCUGUGGAAGGAUCCAUGUUCUACUUGAAGAAGGUCAAAGUCGGUGACAUCGGUGUCUUUCGAGUGAUGGACUUUUCUGGCUUCCGCAUAGCUGACGUCUACCUUCACGUGGAGCCCUAUAAGCUGCCACAGCUGUAUGUGGCGAUCAUCUCCUUGCUGUCUCUGCUGGCGUUCCUGCUGUUGGUGUGUCUGCUGUCCUGUCUGAUCAAGGUUCACCGUCGGUCGGAGAGAGCUCGUAAGAUCACCCUAAUCGCUCAGCAGGCUGGCAAGAGCGAAGGAGAGGCCUUCAGACAGGUGGUUCAUGAAGCUUAUACUAGAUUCACAGAGGAGUCCACCGUACAGUCCACAUGGGAGAACACCACAGAGAGCACAGAAGUUGAGAUCAAAGGUCUUGAGGUAUCAAAACCAGGUCAGUACCAGGCCCUCCAAUCUGAGCAGAACUUCUUGGACAUGAACGACUCAGGCGUGGAGUUCAACUCGUCUGCGCUCCCUCUGGACAGUGACUCAGAAGUACCCGAAAAUCUCGCCUCUCAGAAGCUCCUGCUCGAGUCCGACACUCUCGCUGGCGUCCCGCCGGCCAUUUCUGAGGGCGACCACAGUGCCACUCGCACCCCUGAUUCAAUUCUGAGCGCCAGCCCCGUUGUCCAGCCCAAAUCCGCGGCUCAGAUAGAUGGCGGCUUAAUCGGAGCGACCACACCUGAGGAAGCGACCAAAGCCAAUGAUUUAGAUGCGAAGACGAGCAAAGAUGCUUCACCGCAUUCUGAGAAAGCACUGGAUCCAAGUAAUGGUACCACAACCUGAGCACUUUAAAGCAAAUUGAGUCACACUAACCAGUGUGGCCCCUUUUUGUUCACCACAUCUCACCAUUUGACGUCUAAAAUGACACUUCAUCUUGCUUGGAUUGAUCUGUUGCAUAACAAAUGGUUUGUCGAUCAAGCAAAAAUCCUGAUCCUAGAAGAACAAAAGAACAAAUCCAAGAGAAGACAACAUAAUUCACAAAAAAAAAAAAAAAAACUUUGAAGAACCGAAUCAGUCCUGCACUAUGCAUGCCUUUGAAUUAUGAGGUCUAGUUUGAAGCCAAGUGCUAGAUUAGAGUGACCAUGUAGUGCAUGUGAAGAAGAAAAACACACGUGUAAGACUUAACACUUUUUUAAUUUUACAAAGCAAUGCAACUAUAACCAGAACUUUCACGAGAGAGUCAAACUGCCUGAAACUCCAAGGAAGCCUCAAGCAACAUCUGAAACAGAUUGCGUUGGAUCUUACAUCUACAAAAUGCCAAAUUUUGAGUAUUACUUCAUUUGUGGAAUCAAAGUUGGAUUCAUUCCAAGAUCAAACACGCUUUCUCAGUGCUUCACCUGGUGCGAAUGCUUCCUUUUGACUGUCUGCAGUCACCGGGCGGCUUUGAAGUGCUUUGCUGAUAAUCCUUGCCAAUGGUAAACUAAAUACCUUGAUGAAUCAGGUCCGCACGGAUGACAGGUAUCCGAUACGGUGGCUUACCACUGUAAAUAGGAUCAGCUGUGGUGGAGGGUUUUGGCCCUGGUUCAGAGGAACUCCUCUGAAGGAACGGCUUGUCUCAGCAGUUAUAGGUGCUGAUUCUGCUGGGGUGUCUCCGGGCCUUUCCGGUGAUCUCUUUUCUAAUGCUUCUGAUGCGAUCUUUUAUUCCUACUCAUUUGAAUAUAUUUUACAGCAGGUUUGAGCUCGCAGAAAUGCGCUCAUUGUGAAAAUUGUCAUUGACAUUUAUUCACGAGGAAUGAUUCGCAAUAAUACGCAACUAAGUGGGGUCUAGGAGGUGUUGAGUUCAGGAAAAUUCAGUAUUCAUAUUUAUAAUAUCUUAUAUGGUUUCAUUAUGUAGAUUUGAAUCAUUUGUGAUUGACUCGCUUCUGUAAGUACAGUUGAGUCUGCAUAAAACUCGGCAUCCAUAUUUCCAGCUGUAACAUGGCUAUUUUGCUUCUGCAAUUUUACUAAAAGCAUUGCAAAAUUUUUAAGAUUUAAUAAUUCCAAAUAUCUUUUUCAUACCAUACACUCUUAAAAAUAACGUUUUUUUUUGCUAGCAUUGAUGUUCCAUGAGGAGUCCUUAACAUUCGUGGAACCUUUCAAGGUUCUUUAUAGUGGAAAAAAGGUUCUUAAGAACAUUAUAAUGUUUAUUACACUAAGAAAAAAAGGUUGUUUUAAGAACUAAUCACUGAAAGUUUCUUUGACAAAGCAAAAAUGGUUCUUCAAUGAAACUGUUGCAAAAAUCAGCUUUGUUUUUAAGAGUGUAUAGUUCUAAUUCUUGAUUUUUAGGUUAACGCUACUCGUUUCUAUUGGAUAGAUGCGUUUAUGCAGAUGAGGUGUGAGGAGGAUUAUGAUGCAAUAUUAAAAUGAGCUGUAGCUGGUGGGUGGAGUCUUACAUCAGGGGCGUGGUUUAGCCUGUUGGUGAAAUUGCUACCUCAUGUUUUGAUGUCUGAAGGACAUACAGAGGGAAAAUGGCAAAAAAAAAAAGGCACAGGGUGUCAAAAAAAGCACAAUUAAGAAAAAAUCCUCGCAAAAGAUGUGAAUUAAAUUGCAGCUAAUGUAAAUACAAUGGUAUGCAAAAAAAUAAUAGACAAAAUAGUCAAAUUACUAAUUAAAUUAACCCCUUUUUGCUUAUAGUGAACCCUUUAGUGACUGCAUUCAGAACAUGGAUGGAAUAUUUUCUAUAUUGCAUUGAUAUUUAUUGACAUAUUUCAUGAUCAAGCCCUAGAUUUUUGACUAGCUAGCAUUAUCUUAAACUCCCACUGCUUCACUCCAGAAAUUGUUUUAUUGAUUAAGGUUUGUUCUUAUGUCAUAUGACUAAAUGUGCCGUUAUUGGGCCUUAUGAAGCAAUAUUAGUGUGAAAGCAUUGGGCCUCAUUUAUGAAGCAUAAGCAAAACAGAUUUCUUUGUAUAUUGUUCGUAAAACCAUUCACUCUCAGAAAAAAAGUUACUAAAUCUGUCACUGGGGCACUCCUUUUUCACAAGGUACUAAUAUGUAACAUUAAGGUACCAAUAUGCACCUUUAGGGGUUAGCUUUUAGCUUUUUUUUUCCUGAGAGCAUUCUUACAUUCAAAGUUCAAUUCACUGCAACAUUUUAUGUAUGAAUGGUCUUACGAUCGAUUUUCAUAAAUUUGCUCUGCUCAUGUUUCAGGAAUGAGGUUGGAUGCACUCACACUCACACACACACACACACACAUACAGGGUAGGUGCAACAAACAUACACACACACUUCUGUACAUAGAUGUAUUGCAUGUUAAUGAUCAAUACUAUCCAAUGAUUGCUGGAUUCUCAUGCAUUUUUCUUCAAAUAAGACACAGCUUCUAAAGAAAUGAAUGACAUAAAAAACAAGAAACCUUAACAGGGUUUCUGCAGGUCAUAAAAAUGGGUUUUCAUUUGCUUUUACACAAAUUAAGGCCUUAAAAAGGCUUAAAUCUGAGGCGAAAUCUUAAAUUCAUAAAGUCGUGGCAUUAAAUGUUGCAUACACUGCAAAAUAAAUGAUAUCUUUCUCAGUAUUUUUGUCUCGUAUUCCAGCUCAAAUAUCUAAACAUUCUUAAAUCAAGGUACAUUUACUUGAGAUUGAAAAAUAUAUAUAUCAAGCCUUGUUUUUUAAGGGACUGAACAAAAUGAAGUGAGUUUAUGCUUAAAACAAGAACAAAUAUGUCAGUGGGGUAUGAAAACUUGUUUUUCCUUUGAAUUAAGUGCAUUUUACUGACACCAUUGUCAGAUGUUUGUUUUGUUUUAAUCACAAACUCACUUCAUUUUGAUCAUCAUCUCAGUAAACAAGACUUACCUUAUGUCAUCUGCAUCGCAAAUAAAUAUCUUGAUUUAUGACUCUUUAACACAUUUUGCACUGGAAAAAAAGGACAUCACUUUUUUUUGAUAAGUUAUUUACAAAAAAGUAAUAAUCUGUUGUAUUUUCAAACUUUGAAGUGAUGCUAAUACAACUCAUUGAAAGUGUCCUGGACAUUAGAGAACAUACUGAUGAAUUUAUUCCUUAUAUAUUCUUUACUUGGUCUUAAAGUCUUAAAUUUGUCUAUGUGAAACCUGCAGAAACCCUGCUUUGGCACUGUCAUGCUUUAACUGAAUCUUUGCACUUGAGAAUGAUUUUGAUAAUGCAAAACUCAAGAAAUAUUUCUCUGACACUAUAUUAUUGCUAUUUAUUAAUUAUACUCUCUUUAUAUAUGCGCAGAUGUCAUAGAUCUACUAUAUACGCAACUUAAAAGCAUUACAGAAGCAUGCUGAACUAGAGGUUGCCUGUUAGAAAUGAGAUUUCAUUGCAUUGCAUUACUUUGUCUCUGAUGAGAAGUAUUCUUAAUGUCAGUGUUAUUUUAGCAGCUAAUAUGGGAAAUGUUUUCAAAUUUGGUUUAUUUUGGUAAAAAAUGGAUGUCAAAUUUAUGAUUAUGCAUUUUACAAUCAUGAACCGAAAACAGUUUUUGAGUGGUGCACACAUUUCCAAUCCUCAGGUGUAACUGAGCACAACAAAAUCAAAACUGGUCUUUCAAAAGAAAUGGAUAUCAUUUUUCUAUUUCUUACUAGGACAGAAAUCACGACUACAGUCAGCUGUAUAUACAGUUUUAGCUUGAUUAUACUUGAACAAAUGCAUUCACCCCUCAAAGUUCAGUGUGAUUCAGCUUUAUAAAGGUCACUGCUUUUAAAUGUGUUGAAAUUUGCAUUUGUGUUUGGUGAAGUGAACUUUACCCUGAGUAGUUUGAGCUGGAUAAAUCAUAAUUCUGCACAAGAAAAUGCACUUAUCACACUGAAAAGUGACUAAAAAGAUGUUUUUCAGUGGUACAGGAACCAUAGCAAUACAAGUCCAUCCUGCUCAGGUUUGAUCAGUGGUUUACACAGAUGCUGGCAUCACAUAAUUAAUUAAGCUCAGGAGUGUGUGCUUUCUUCAUCGAUUUAUGCUGAUUUCAUUGUUCAAUUGAUCUUUUGUCAGCUUACAUGCAAGGGUUCUCAGGAGACAGGUUUCUCGAAGUGCUUUAUUCAUCAGAAAAGUUGUGAUUGGGAACAUGCUUUGUAACAUUACGGUCUUUUCCUUGUUCAGACUAGCAUCUCUCACACAGCUGUAUUUACCUGAUAAGUAACAGACUUCCAUAAAACCAUGAAUAUUAACAAUACUUCAGUCAUGUACAAAGUAUGGUGCAGAGGAUCUUGUUUUUAGCUGCUUUGUUAAUUUAGUAUUACAUGUGGCUUCAUAGUUUGACUUUAAGCACAACUUUAGUUCAACUUUGAUUUGCCCUCUUGAAUGAAAGAUGAAAAUAAAAUUUUGACUUUAAAAGUCCCA